AUGGAAAGUGCUCUACUAAUAGGAAAAGCGUCGGGAUAUUAUUUUGGAGAAGGAAUUCCCGUGCAGCAAGCUCUGCUCGAUAUCGAAGAAGACGUUGCACCAGAGCGAUUCCAAACCGAGAUUCGUAGUAACGAUCAACGCGUUGUCAAGGUGGGAGACUUCCACGCAAUCGGUGAAAGAGACUCUCUGUUUUACGGCAUGGAAACACUGAUCAGUAGCCUAAAGCUGGAAGAGGAGCCCGCCACCCGCGCCAACCUCCGCCCGGGUCGACCGCUCAAAGGAGCCGAUUUCGACGACCCAGACUUCGAUAUAGAAUGUCAAACUCAAACCAACGCGAAGGCGGCCGCUGGCAGCUCUCGCGGAUUCAAACCGUUCAGAGUGAUGCAAGUUGAAUUUAUAGGUUUACGCAACGAGAGGAGUUCCCAGUGCUACCUUGAGCCGCAUCUUCUGCUGGUGAAGGCACAUGCGAGUACUACAAAUCGAAACGGAUCUAGAAAUCGACCAUGUUCAAGCAGAAACAAAU